AAAGUCCUCCAGAAGGCCUCCACACUGCACCAGCUGUUCUGCACUUGUUUCACUUGCCCCUCUCAUCUGGACCAUGAAUAUUUCAGGAUUUCACCCAGAGAGUCCCCAGGCCUCAACCACACACCCUGCAGGAAAUACACAGGACCUGACAAUGCAAGAAGAACCGUCAACCUCUGGUGAAUUGAAGCCUGACCCUGGUAUUCGUGCAGAGCCAAACGAAGCCUGUCCUGUGUGUGGUGACAGAGUGUCCGGGUAUCACUAUGGGCUGCUGACCUGCGAGAGCUGCAAGGGCUUCUUCAAGCGGUCAGUGCAGAAUAACAAACACUACACCUGUGCAGAGAAGCAGAGCUGCCCCAUGGACCCAGCACAGCGAAAGAGAUGCCCUUACUGCCGAUUUCAGAAGUGCCUGGCAGUGGGCAUGAAGAGAGAGGCUGUUCGGGCAGACCGAAUGAGGGGCGGACGAAACAAAUUCGGACCUCUGUACCGACGGGACAGACAGAUGAAACAGCAAAGAGGAGGAUAUCACCAAGAAACCACCAAUACCUACAGGAUCAAACUGGAAGGACCGCAAGCACCUUUACAAGCACACAAGUUCCACCUCCUGCCUGGCGCUUUCACAUCUCCGCUAGGCUCGGACCCCUUUCACCAAUCACAUGCUCUUCCCCCUAGCAUCAGCCAACCAGAGCUCAUGGUUCUGGAUUGCACAUUAAGCAGAGACGGGGCACUGACUGCAUCAUCGUUGCCAUGUCCUGGAAUCUACCACCCCAGUUUCCAUGGUUUCCCUCAGGAGAAAAGAGAGAUGCCUUUCAGCUAUGGCCCUGCUACACUAUGCACCAUAUCCACACCUGUGCUCACUCCCAGCUCCAUCCACACACCGGUGUCAACUCCUACGUCAGACCCAACACUUUCCCUGUCCCUGACCGCAAACCUGACCUCUGACUCGCCCUCAUCCAACACAGGCUUCCUAAAUGAGCUGAUGCAGGGAGAGCCAGAGGAGUCACAGGUCUGUUCACGAGUGGUGGCCAGCCUGAAGAGAGAGCAAGCCUGCCGGGGAAAACAUGACUGCCUCAACACCUUCAGCAUCAUGUGCAAAAUGGCUGACCAGACUCUGUUUGGACUGGUGGAGUGGGCACGCAACUGUGCACUGUUUAAAGAGCUCAAGGUGGAGGAUCAGAUGGUGCUUCUACAAAGCUGCUGGAGUGAGCUGCUGGUUCUGGAUCAUCUGUGUCGUCAGGUGGAUUAUGGGAGAGAAGGUAGCAUCUACCUGGUCACUGGACAACAGAUUGAGGUGUCGACUGUACUCUCGCAGGCGGGGGCGACACUGAGCAGUCUGGUGUCCAGAGCGCAGGAUUUAGUGUCCAAACUCCGGGCUCUUCGUCUGGACAGACAGGAGUUCGUAUGUCUCAAGUAUCUUGUGCUCUUCAACCCAGAUGUGAAGUCGGUGCAGGACUGCAGGCAGGUGGAGCGCACUCAGGAGCGAGUGAACAGAGCGAUGAUGGAGCACACACUGCACACACACCCGGGCCAGUCGGAUAAAUUCGGCCAGCUUCUUCUCCGGCUGCCUGAAGUGCGCAGCAUCAGCCUGCAGGUGGAGGAGUACCUGUAUCAGCGCCACCUGCUUGGUGACCUGCCUUGUAACUCCCUUCUGACCGAGAUGCUGCACGCCAAACACACCUGACCAGACCACAAAGCGCAUCCUGUACACAAGAUUCAAGUCCAUUUUGCACUUUCUUCCCCUAACGAUGUUUGUGAGUGUUUUUUUUUUUGUUUGUUUGUUUUCUGCACCAUCUUCAGUGUUAAGAAGCGCUGCUUUAUCGUCCCUGAUGUCAGGACCAGAUAAAACACACCAUGGAACUCUGACAGUAUUGUUAAACACUCCUGCAGUCAAAAUAAAAGCCCUGUUAGUUCAGUGUCA